AUGGCUAUAGACAGAAAUGAAGCGCUCGCCACCUUGAAAGCAAUGUUCCCAGACAUUGACUAUCUUGAGGAAGUUUUGGACGCACACGACGGCGCCUUAGAACCAGCUCUUAACGCUUUAUUAGAAAUAUCGGAUCCUAAUUAUAAAAGUCAAGACAAUAUACCCGUCCAAGCCGAAGGUCUCUUGACUUCGACAUCACGAGAACAACUAUUACGUGACGAAGAAUUAGCACGUAACUUGGCAGCAGAGGCUGAUAGGGCUGCUGGAUAUGGGCCACCUUCUCAUGUCUCUGCGAAUGCACGAAAUCGUCCCGCCAACACUCAACAGCAGCAACAACAAAAUUCCGAUUUUAAUUUUUCAGACGAAAUACCUGUAAUCAAAGAGAAAAUUGUAAACGUCGCCGACACCACAAAAAAGAAAGUAAGAGAAUGGUAUGAUCGUCUCAAACAACAAACCCGCCCUGAAACUGAUGAAAAUACCAACAACCCAAAAUAUACAAAUUUACCUCAUAAUGAGGUGGAUAAUGGACGUUGGGAAGAUGAUUAUCGUCCUGUUUCAAAUAACUCUCGACAAUCUGGAACACGACAGAUACCUCGAAAUUCCGCGUCAAAAUCAUUUCAAACAAGCAAUGAUAGCAACGACGAUAAUAGUAGUAAUAUAUUUCCUGGGCAUACUGGUUUUGCCUCAUCGUCACCCACCACUACUGCAAGUGAUAGUUCAAUAAAAAUUAUACGACAAACUAAUAAUUCUGAUAUGUCAACUUUGAAUACACAAGACAAGUCAUCAGACAUAUCCCCAUAUCUAAUCUCAGAUACAGGCAAUGCAGAUCCGGAACGAAUAACUGCUCCUAAAUUACCUUCGAUUCCACGACGAUAUGAAGUGACGAGAGCUUCUAGUGCAGAUGCUGAGGAGAUUAGCAAAGAUUAG